AUGGAUGAGUCGGUUUUUUUUCACAUCAAGAAGGUCAUUUCAUACCUCUUCUACAACGAAAAGCUUAAACCAAUUAAGGACCCUAAAACCAAUAUUGACUCGGAAAACAAAGCCUUUGAUAGCGAAUUUGCGAAGGAGUUGAAUCGUAACGUUCUCAACACUCUGGUCGAUGGUUAUGUUGGAUACGCUUGGCUAUGUGAAGUUUGUUCUCGAUGGAUCAAUUUUCUAACAAAUUUACUAAAGAAUGAUGACUUCUCAGAGAAUAAGGAUAGCACGUUUGACGGCUCAAAGGCGAUUAUCCAGGAGGCUCUAAUGUCGUAUUUAACCUCAAAAUAUGACACUGAUAGGAUGAGAAUAUACAUGGAGGAUAAGCUUAGUCACGACAGUUGGAACCCGCCAGAAUUGUACUGGAACCUUAUGAAGUCACCUCUAGUUGUCUCACAUAUGCUAAAAAUAUACCGAGAUAAGCCAAAAGAUGAGUUCUUGUCAUCCUGGUACCAGGACUACAUGAACAACUUUAGCUCCUACAUCAAGAUGGAGCAAAGUGAAGUUAACAAGGAAGGCCUUUCUAGGAUUACAAGCAAUUUUAGUGUUUUUACACUAAGAAUAUCCGAGGAGAUCCAUAAAUUCCUUCUCACCGUAUGCUUUAUUCAGUUAAUUCAACAAAUAUUAACCUCACAACUCAUUUGUUAUCAGAGUAACUCGUUGGAAUCGUUAGAAUUUGAUUCACUUGAUUCUGUCAGUCCAUUAUUUUGGCAUGCAGAAAACGCCUACAUUUACUCUCAAGCUCUUCUCCACUUUAUUUAUCAGUGGCGAAUCGACUUGAGGGGAUGCAGGAGACUAUCUCAGCUUAUUGCAAAGGCCACAACACAUCCAAAUGAAAUCCUUAGAGAGUCACAACUUAAUAUUGACUCAGUUUUAGAAUGGUCAGUAUCGCAAAUCCACCUACUAAUGACCAAUUUUUCAAGAUUUCCAACUCUGCAUUUAUCAUUUAAAAGGUUAUUAUCUAGUAAAAAAUCAAGCGAGGAUAAAUUUAACCACCAAGAACUCUGUGAUUUUUACGAGGAAUUGAAUAAAACGUUAAAGGCGUUUGACAGUUAUGGGUUCCUACUCUUUGAUAUUCGAUCAGCUACAAAAUCAGAAAAAGAAGAUGAAUCAAGUGAAGAAGUUGUGAUUGAUGAGUCGGUAUCUCAAUUUGGAGAUAAAAGAGCUGAUGAGUACAUGAGACUUAGAAAUGCCCCAGAGAUGCCACCUCUUGAAGCUAUACGUGAGAGUAAUCUUCUGAAUGACCUGAUAGACGACUUUUCUAACAGAGAUGUGAAUAUUAAAGAGUCAACCACUUGGAUUAAGUACGCCAACCUGCUGGUAAUUCUAUCAGUUCUUUCUCCAUACGAACUUCUGUACUUCCACUACUAUGAAAAGGUCUCAGAUUAUAUAAAGAAAUUGCCUCAAAGGGAGGUUUGGCAGCAGUUUUACUUACCUCCAGAGGAGUACGACUCAGAUGACUCAAUAGAAUCAAUAGAAAGAUACAGAGAUUAUGGAGUAAUGGAUGAGCCGGAAUACGAAUCUUCGGAUGAUCAAAGCCAAGCUUCAAGUAUAACCGCAUCAGAUGAAUAUGAUAUCAAAACCGUAUCUCACGUCCACAAGGCCUGGCACAGUGAAACUUCAAACUCCAUUCUUUCAUCAAACGUAUUUUCAUCAAGCUCAAGUAAUAAGAAAGCAUCCAAAUCAAGGAGACGAAGCCAAUCUAACCAUAGUGAUGACAGUGGUCCAUGUAAAUCAGAUGAUUCUCCGAAUAGAGAAAACGUUAAAUCAAAUUCAGGUUCUAGUUUUUAUAAUAUAAAGAGGAGAAAGCGAGCAACUGAUUACGAGGAAGCAAUUAUGGAUGACGUUGGAAGUGAGUACAUGGAAAUCAAAAGCACACUUGAAACUGCAAUAUACAACAAUAUAAAUGAACAAACUAAGCUUGGGCCUGGUAAAAAUAUUUCAAAGGAGAGGCUUGAUGAGAUGAAACAAUUGUAUUCACAAUUUAAAUUAAAGUGCGAUAAGAUGAUGAACAUUGCCAAAAAAGAUUUGUACAGCCUAUACAAUCUAAUUCACAAUCAACAUGACACCUCAGAAUGUGAGUAUGAGAUGAGGAAAUUCAUAGAAACUAACAUAGCUUCAUCAGUUGUAAUGUCAUACAUCAACCAAAGAGUUCUAAAGAGCCGGAACAUAGACGAGCUCAAUGAUAUCAAGCUCAUGCUGUUAAAGGAAAUCGCAGAUAAACAUCCAGUUAAAAGAACUUCUAUAAUACUUCUACUUAGGGAUUUUUGCAAACUUUGCGUCAUCGGGAAUAUGGAUGAAAGUCCAAAUAAACUAGAGAGGCUGGAAGCUAUUGUGGAUUUGCUGGUUUAUAUUUCAAGAUUUGAUCGUCAGUGCCUAACAAUAAUAGCCGUAUUCGAUUCAAUUAUCAACCUGGUUGACAGAAGCAUUAGUAGAGUGUUUAUAUCUAAAAUGCUGAAGUUCUGUGGUCCACCAUAUUCAUUGGAUUUCUCAUUAAUGUUCAUAAAACUAGUUGAAAAGUUCAUAGGAUCAGGAAGCAGUGGACCUAACGUUCAAAUUGAGAUAGAGAAUACUCUGAUGAGGAAGUACAUCAAUCCGUUCAUUAAAGAAUGCCUGGAAAAUAACUAUAACAACCAAGAGAUAAUUCAGAUUGCAAAAAGAUGUGAUUUCGGAAAUGUAGUCGAAUAAAGAAAUAAAAAUGCUAAAACUUUUCUAAUGCACAAUCAAUUACCCACAAGAUUAUUUUUCAAAUAUUAUCUCA